UCUGUGUGUGUGUGUGUGUGGGGGGGGGGGGGGCGGGGGUUGGUGCUGUGACUCACUCCCUCUGCGCCCCUCCCUGCUCCCUGGAUCGGAAUUACCCGAGGCAGGGACACGCCGCCGUUCCCCCUCACUCGCAGACUGGACGCCGAAUCGCUGACAAUGCUCACCAUGAGAUCCCUGCCCCUGACCAGACACUCGCUGCUGACCCAUCACCGGCCCCGACGCGACCCCCAGGUUUUCGGACGACGGAACGCCAAUCAUUGCCAGACCUGAUGAACGCCCACCAGGGGAGCCGCGAGUUGAUGGCUGACUGGAGCACGUUCAGCCCGUUCCCGGCCGCUGCUGUCCCGCUGUCGGGGCAGGAGUUGGAGGCGUGGCUGGAGGAUUUGGAGAGUGUCUUGUGCCCCUCACCGGCCGCGGAGCCCCCCGAGGGUGGGGGCAGGAGGCUGAAGGAGCUGUGGGUUGACGAUGUGGACAGCGUCCUGUGUCCGCCCCCACCCCCAGGGGACGACGCGCAGCGUCUGAACCAGCUGCUGCUGGAGGACCUCGAGAGUAUCCUGUACCCGGCGCCUGUCACAGGGAGACCGCAACACGGUGCCAACCACGGGACGUCCCCCCGGAACACCACACAGCUCGAGCCCUCGCCUCCCGGGCCUGGGGACCGAUUACCCUCCCCCAACCCUGGGGGAACCCGUGAGGAACACCCCCUCCUCACCCAGCCCCCGCCACGUCGCUCCGAUCUCCCGGGGCCGGCGGCGCCGUCGUCGUCAUCCACCCCUCCCCCCUGCUCCCCGCCUGGGCGCGGGGCCAGGACCAGGGGGAGGAGGGCGGUGAGGGAGGGGGGCCGCUGCCCAUCCUGCUGGAAGGAGCCCACCGGGGGCGCCGCUGAGCGGCUGGUGGAGGAGCUGACGCGGGAGAACGAGGCCCUUCGGCGUCGGAUCGAGGAGUUGGCGAGAGAAGUUCAGGAAGCCAGGCGGAGGCUGAUCGAGAGGGUGGUCGAUACCCACUGAGCGGAUUCCCAAUGCCCUCCCCCUGGGGUGGGUGGGGGUCUACCCGUUCACCUCCCUCAGACGAGGGGAGAAUCAAGAACCCAAGAACUUCCUGGGACAGGGAAAGGGCGCUACAUCAAUGCACCACCAGAUCUCUGCUCACCAUCCCCUCCCAACCUUGAAGAGUAGCACCUGCCCCCUCCCCAUUUGGAUCGAGUCAGAGAGUCCCAACUGGGCCUUCGGCAAGAUGGUUGGCAGAGGUCACUCAACUCAGGGACCAGGACGUCUCUGCAAGGGGUUACCGUCUCCAACGAGAGAGAGAGAGAAUCUAACCAUCGCCCCCUUGACGUUCAAUGGUGUUACCGUCACUGAAUCCCCCUCCCCCCCCACUAUCAACAUCCUGGGGGUUACCGUCUCCAACGAGAGAGAGAGAGAGAGAAUCUAACCAUCGCCCCCUUGACGUUCAAUGGCGUUACCGUCACUGAAUCCCCCUUCCCCCCACUAUCAACAUCCUGGGGGUUACCGUCUCCAACGAGAGAGAGAGAGAGAGAAUCUAACCAUCGCCCCCUUGAUGUUCAAUGGCGUUACCGUCACUGAAUCCCCCUUCCCCCCACUAUCAACAUCCUGGGGGUUACCGUCUCCAACGAGAGAGAGAGAGAGAGAAUCUAACCAUCGCCCCCUUGACGUUCAAUGGCGUUACCGUCACUGAAUCCCCCUGCCCCCACUAUCAACAUCCUGGGGGUUACCGUCUCCAAUGAGAGAGAGAGAGAGAGAAUCUAACCAUCGCCCCCUUGACGUUCAAUGGCGUUACCGUCACUGAAUCCCCCUUCCCCCACUAUCAACAUCCUGGGGGUUACCGUCUCCAACGAGAGAGAGAGAGAGAGAGAAUCUAACCAUCGCCCCCUUGACGUUCAAUGGCGUUACCGUCACUGAAUCCCCCUCCCCCACUAUCAACAUCCUGGGGGUUACCGUCUCCAAUGAGAGAGAGAGAGAGAGAAUCUAACCAUCGCCCCCUUGACGUUCAAUGGCGUUACCGUCACUGAAUCCCCCUUCCCCCACUAUCAACAUCCUGGGGGUUACCGUCUCCAACGAGAGAGAGAGAGAGAGAGAAUCUAACCAUCGCCCCCUUGACGUUCAAUGGCGUUACCGUCACUGAAUCCCCCUCCCCCCACUAUCAACAUCCUGGGGGUUACCGUCUCCAAUGAGAGAGAGAGAGAGAGAGAAUCUAACCAUCGCCCCCUUGACGUUCAAUGGCGUUACCGUCACUGAAUCCCCCUUCCCCCACUAUCAACAUCCUGGGGGUUACCGUCUCCAAUGAGAGAGAGAGAGAGAGAGAGAAUCUAACCAUCGCCCCCUUGACGUUCAAUGGCGUUACCGUCACUGAAUCCCCCUUCCCCCACUAUCAACAUCCUGGGGGUUACCGUCUCCAAUGAGAGAGAGAGAGAGAGAAUCUAACCAUCGCCCCCUUGACGUUCAAUGGCGUUACCGUCACUGAAUCCCCCUCCCCCCACUAUCAACAUCCUGGGGGUUACCGUCUCCAAUGAGAGAGAGAGAGAGAGAAUCUAACCAUCGCCCCCUUGACAUUCAAUGGCGUUACCGUCACUGAAUCCCCCUUCCCCCACUAUCAACAUCCUGGGGGUUACCGUCUCCAAUGAGAGAGAGAGAGAGAGAGAAUCUAACCAUCGCCCCCUUGACGUUCAAUGGCGUUACCGUCACUGAAUCCCCCUCCCCCCACUAUCCACAUCCUGGGGGUUACCGUCUCCAAUGAGAGAGAGAGAGAGAGAGAAUCUAACCAUCGCCCCCUUGACGUUCAAUGGCGUUACCGUCACUGAAUCCCCCUUCCCCCACUAUCAACAUCCUGGGGGUUACCGUCUCCAAUGAGAGAGAGAGAGAGAGAGAAUCUAACCAUCGCCCCCUUGACGUUCAAUGGCGUUACCGUCACUGAAUCCCCCUUCCCCCACUAUCAACAUCCUGGGGGUUACCGUCUCCAAUGAGAGAGAGAGAGAGAGAGAGAAUCUAACCAUCGCCCCCUUGACGUUCAAUGGCGUUACCGUCACUGAAUCCCCCUUCCCCCACUAUCAACAUCCUGGGGGUUACCGU